AAUGGUUUCCAGAUAAAAUGUCAGAAGCAGUAGAAGCGGGUGCCGGUCUCGCUUGGCGCUUGCUGGCCACUCUUGAAGGAGGAUCGCUUGUGGUGGCUACCUCUGCUCUAAUUGCUUACACGGCUAGACGGAGACUUACCAAACAAAGAAGACAUAGAACUGUAAACUCUGUAUUAGUGUCAAAUGUAACAACCUCUUUAGGUCGUGAACUCAAACGGAGGCUAGAAGCUCAUGGCUGCGUCGUCACUGAAACAGCGGGAACGGAAAAAGUGGAUUCGUUAGUUGUCAUUGGUGCUGAGUCAACGACGGGAUUGGAUGGACUUAUGACUUUGGUUUCUCAGGAUGUAUACGAAAAUUUAAAUUUAUUAGAGUCACUGUCCCAAGCCGUGAGGAAGGGCGGUAGUAUCGCAUGGGUGAGCGUGGGUGACGUCAGCGGCGCGUACGGGCACGCAACGAUCGCCUUCGACGCGGUUGUACGCGCGAGUUUACAGCACGCCGCCAAGGUUUAUCACUGCGAACCCAUAUGGAUCGAUCGAUGCAACACCACUGAACUUGCGGUUGAUGUAAUCCUUGCCAAGCUCCUUCCUUCUACAGAACCUAAUCCAAGCUUCUCUAUUAGAAACGCAGCGAACAAAGUAAGCGUAUUCCUCGGAAGAUGGUUGAAAAUGGUCACAUGAUUGUAAUAUACUUCGAAUUAAAGUAUAUAUACAUAUACAUAUAUAUUAAUUUUACUACUUUAUAAGUUUAUAACUGAUUAUGUUAAUAGUUUAUGAAUUAAAUAAAUGAUAAAUUUAA